CUAACAGCUAACAGCUAGCUCAGUUAGAUGACCGGCUGAUCAGAGAAGAGCUGAACACACAGCGAACAGCUAACAGCUAGCAGCUAGCUCAGCGGCUAAAGGAGGGAAACAAGAGUCUGCUCUGGAUCAGCAUCACUAACUAACAGAAGAAAUCUACAGACUGCAUGUUUUACUGUUAGAAAGUCAUCAUGAAAGUCCCUCGCUCCGAAGCUGCCAUGGCCAACAGUGUGGAGAAAAGCUAUGCUGCUGCAGAGUCCAGGAUGUUACACCUUAAAGCUUCCCCAGUGAAAGAACCCCCACCACCCAUCAAACCUGCAGGAUUGACCAGUGUGUUGUUCUCUCUCAACAACACCACCAGAGCAGUCCACAACAAGGAGAACAGCACUGGCAGGGAGCAUGACAGGACUGUGGAUGAGGCGUUUGAGGACAGCGGCUAUCUGUCUCUGCACAACAGUCAGAUUGAUGAUCAUCAUGUGGAUGAAGAUGAUGAACAUGUCCAGGGAAAACCCACCGUGACCUUGCUGCCUUCUGCUGCCACUACACAUCAAGACAAAACGCCAAACAAUUCUCCCUCCAAAUGUCAAGGGAGGACAGACUGUAACCGUCCAACUUCCACUCCCGUGGAUCGUCCUAAGAGGAGAACAGCAGUGUCGUCCACCCCGUCCGACCAUCACGACGAUCCUAACCUGCCCAUACUGAAGUUCCAGCGGGCUGUGUGUGAAGAGCUGGCCAAGAGCUAUCGGAGGAAUAAGAGGUAUGACUGGAGCAUCGUCACAAAGGUAGCAGAGGAUCAUCUCUUGGAUCGGGUGAUCGGAGGCCAGAUGGGCCUGGAGUACGUCGACGUGUUUUCAUGUCUGCUCGCCAGGAACAUGAGAAGCAUCCUGACCAACAUCCUGUCCCUGCUGGGAGACAUGGACCUCAUCAGCUGUAAGAAAGUGAGCAGGACAUGGAGGAGUAUCAUCUGUGAGGAUACAGCAGCUCUGAGCAGGAGUCAAAGAGCCGAGCAGGCACUCAGGGAGUCGAGUAGCUCGCUGAGACAGAAGGGUUGUGGUCUGACUAGAGACGUAGUGGUGUCCAGGGUGGUGCUGUCCUGCAUGCAGACCCUAGCCUCCUCAAGUACUCCAUCAUCUUCAUCCUCCUCUUCCUCAUCCACCCCGAGCUGCAGGGUCAACAGACGGACUGCUGUCUCUCAGAAGGGCAGCACGCCCAAACCCCAAUGUACACGCUUCAAUGAAUACAUGAAGGCCGCCAGCAGUCUGAAGCAGCACGAGUCUCUGCGUCCCUGCAAACGCUGCGGCUCACCAGCGACGCACCUGGCCGAGGUCCAGAGGGCCACGUGCACGCGCCUCAACUGUGGCUUCGACUUCUGCACUCACUGCCGGGAGGCCUUCCACGGCUCGACCCCCUGCAGGGUGGUGCAGCCCCGGCUCUGCUUCCCCGCCGCCAACACCACCACCCCGAUCAUCCCGGGCAGCGCUCGCAGCAAGAGGAACAUCCGGCGCCUGUGACGGAGCUGUACUGAGGUUUUAUUAUUAUUCACUGGAUGUUUUAACUCUCUGGACCGGCCUCCCGCCACGGCUCAGAGCGUUUUACAGCUUUGUUACCUGCAGAACGACUGAAUGAACUCACUGAAGCACUUGUUGAACACUGCUGGGACAAUCAAACCAGGAAGUGUCACCAGGCGUUUGACUGUUGAACGCUGCUUCAACAAUCAACCAGACAGGGUCACCAGACUGUUGUCGUCUGUGAGCGACCAACACUUCUGACGCCAAAAAAAAAGAAACUGCGACGCUUUAAAUUGUACAAUUUUUAUCAUGUUUUAAAACUAAAUGGAUGUAAAUAUAUUUACUUUUUAAAUAGUUUUGUAUAUUUCUUUUAAAUAAAUGUUGAUCCAGAAGAGGACUGUAAAUGUUCAUAUUUCCUGUAAAUAGACGUUUCAUAAAACUCA